AUGAAAUUCGUUAUUGUAUUCGUUGCUCUCUUCGCCUUCGCCUUGGCUGCUCCAGCUGAUGUUGAAGUUUUGAAAUCAGAAUCCGACGUACAACCCGAUGGAUACAAAUUCGCCCUCGAAACCAGUGAUGGCACAAGCAAGAACGAACAAGGAGAAUUGAAGAAUGUUGGUACCGAAGAGGAAGCUAUUGUCGUCCGUGGCUCAUUCAGCUGGAUUGCUGAUGAUGGUCAAAAAUACACAGUCAAUUAUGUUGCUGACGAAAACGGUUUCCAACCACAAGGUGCUCAUUUACCAGUUGCUCCAGAAGCAUAA